GAAUCUUAUCACUUCUCCCCAUUUUUCCUGUCUUCUUCAGUAUUGGAUGGCAUUGCGGUAGACUAUCUUAAACUUAAAAAGAUACCGACAGCCAAAUUUCUACCUUUUAAAACUAUUGAAAUCCUGCUCCUGUUGACUGAUAAUGCCGGACCCCAUCACGGUUAGCGCUGCAGCUAGUGUAGCUUCGGCUCUAUCUAACUCUAUCGCUAUCGCUUCAUUCGUCAAAGAUAUCAAAAAUACUCCAGCCGAUGUCAAAACAUGUUUCUCUCUCACAGAGCGGGUCUCUACUGACCUUGACCAUCUUAUUCUUCUUCGUGCCCAACACCAUAAAUAUCUUUCCCGAAGCCCAUUUGCCUCCAAAAGAUUAGACGGUAUCGUUAAUGAUGUGAGAGAAAGUAUCUUGGACAUAUGCAGACUAUUGGAAGGGUGCAGAAAAGAGGUUUAUGAAGGUGGCCAUAUCCCGGUUAAGAAGAGGCUGCAAUGGGUACUAGGGGAUGGAGCGGCCUUUGAAAGGCGAAGAGGAAACUUGCAACAACAGCAUACUGCACUUCUGGCGGAAAUAGGAUGGUUAAGAGGACUUGAAGUCGGGAAGGGGACAGAGAAUUUGGAGUUUGAGAAUGUGGACUUGUUGAGCGCAGGAAGGAGGGAGAGGAAGAGCAGCACAGUUUCUCGGACUGGAAAGCAGUACGAGGAUAUUGAAGUAAGACAGCCUAAUAAAGGUGUUGAAGUGGAUGUUGAGGAACUCGAUUUUGGUGGGGAUGUGGAGCCAGACUCUCCUGUGACGAAGGAAAAGAUAGUCAGGAAACCUGUGGCUAUGCCUAUCGAAAGUCGUCAAGAGGUCAGCAAAUAUGAAGAGUCGGAUGAUGAGGAUCCAGAAUUGGCUUUCUAUAGAGAUUUGAGAAGACAGGAAGAAGAACGACGUAAGAGAAUGGCCGGGAGGAAGAAGUUGAGAAAUCCAUGAUGGCAAAGGUAUAUAUCUUAUUAUUCAUUACAAAAUUGAUGCCGCGGAAUAUUAUAUCCUGAGAUUUAUUAAUCAAGCCUGAGCAAACAUACCUGGAGUUUGCUUGCGUUGACCAAACCGGGUGGCUAUCCAGUGAACAGGGCAUGCGAUAGGUAGCGCAUCAAUCGUGAUGGAUUGCGUCUUUACAAACUUGACAAAAAACUUCAACGGAUUCCUCAAGAUGUAAGACUGUGUGAAAGUGUCGGUGGCAAGUGCAUUUAUGUGUCUGCUGAAGUGAUUUUUAGAUUGUCGAUAACGAACAACAAGCAAUCAAUGUUUAUGGGGGUAGCA